AUGUCGUCCUUGACGGUGGCUGCGUGCCUCUUCUGCUCCGGGGCCUUCGCCGCCGUUGUAGCCUCCGUUCCGACAGAGCACCUGGACUUGGACGAGCAGUGGCUUCUCACGCCGACGGCCGCCCCCUGCUCUUCAGCUGCUCCGCGGCCACGGACGCUCGAUGAGCCGGCGGCCGCCAACAUCUCCUGGGACGUGUCCGCGGCCAACGACAGCGGCGUGGUCUCUGUGGACUCGCGGACGGGUCUCUUCGGCGCGGUGGCGGUCGUGGACUCGCUGCUCACCAUCGAGGCACCACUGAGGCUUCGCCCCGCAGACGUCGCCUGUAGGAUCACUCUGCCCGAUGGACGGCAGGUAGCGCUCAAGGAGCGGGUGCCGACGGCGCAGACGUCCCUGGUGGGCACCGCGGACCAUUUGCGGCUGGCGUCGUACGGCGAGAUGGGGCGCGAGUGCGGCCGCGAACGCUGCAAGAGUCACGGGGCAACCUGCAAUUCUUCCUCUCUGGGACACUCGCUGCUGUGCGCCUGCCCGACCAACAAGUCCGCCUACGACCGCUUCUACGACGUCUGUCACAAGGGGCGGGCCCUGCACGAGAAUUGCCUCUUCUCUGAGGCAUGCUCGUCAGCAGACCCCAACUCUCUGUGCGUGAACGGGCACGUGCGAGUGCUCCGAGGGCCUUCAGUCGCUGGGCCGGGGCUCCUGUCGUCGGUGGGCCUCGUACGGCGAGCGUUGUGGUCGUGCCGUGGCCGGCUGCACGGGUCUGGGCGUUGUGUGUGGCCCCGACAAGGUGUGCGCCUGCGAACGGGGCCGCGUGCGCCUCAACGACUCGUGCGUCAUCCAGCUUGAGCAGGAGAGCGACAGCAUCACCCGGCUCACUACGCGCCAGAGGGUGGCCCUGAUUUCGUCGGUGCUGAUCACGCUCACGGGAGUGCUGCUGGCGCUGGUCAGCCUGUGCGGCAACCUGUGCCAGCGGUGCACUGCCGAGGGAACCAGCGCCGACGACGCUGCCUCGUACAAGGUGCCGGAGUGGGCCGAGGCGAACAGCUAUUACAUGUCCACGCGCUUCUGGGUCUCCGAGCAGCCGUACUUCUCGGUGGCACACCGAGGAGUCAGGCGGCCGCCCAAGAUGUACUUCAACUGGUAGCGGCGCGUGUCCACUUCGGUUGGGCGCGCCGUUUACGUGUCUCUGGGCCUACGCACGAGGCUCGCAUCAUGCUUUGACGCGCUUGCCGUUUUCGCCAAGUAAAACGUGAAUC